AUGAAGGUAAAAAUUGUGCACAAUUCACAAAAACUCUUUAAUGUUAAUGUCACCGAGGCGACUACCAUCGCUGAUUUGAAGCAAGCCAUUAGCCGACACAUCGGUUGGUCACCUGAGGAUCAAGUUCUCACUUUCCGUGGAAUUUUUCUCGAAGAUGCGCAUCCUCUUGGCGACUAUCGGCUGCCUAAACCUGACAUAGUCGUUCCUAUCGUUCUUUACUUACGUGCAAGGUAUAAGAAACCAGCAUCCCUUCGAGUCUCCGUUUCUGCCGAUAAAACUAUUCAUCUGUCAAUCUGUCUAGAUUCCAAAGUUAGCGAAUUGCGCUCAGCUAUUGAGGAGAAGCUAAAUAUAUCGGCGGAGGAGUCUUCCAAGAUGCGUCUUAUCUUUGACAAUUGGAUUCUGAACGAUAGUGAGAACUUAGAACACUAUGGUAUCAAAAAGAAUUCAUGUAUUAUCGUCGCUAGGCGUCUUGUUAAUAGUCCUCUUAAUAGUACAGUGGAAUCCUCGGAAAAAUUGUCUAUGCAAAACAACGUGGUGCCGAAUAUAAGGCUAAACGUUGUGACACGUGAUGGGAAGGUGUUUAGUUUUUCUUUCGAGAAGAAGAUCACGCUCCGUGAAGCCACUGAGGAGAUAGAGAAAAAAACCGGUAUACCUGCGACGCACCAAAGUUUCACUCUGAGAGAAGAUCUUCCACACGUAGCCGAUUUGACGAGGAGUUUGGAACAACUCGGCCUCAGUGAUGGCGAUACUGUCUACGUUGCAGACGCUCGUUCUACUGACAAUGAAGUCGAUGAAAAUGGGUCACAGAUUCCCACUAGUACUACGAUGGUGCUGCACUUCAGGGAUGCACAAAAUAUAUUUUCCAUUCCAAUGCCUUAUGAGGCUACUGUGCAGGACGCAAUAGAUUCCUUGAGGAAGGAGAUUAGUGGAAAUCCCGGUCCUCUUUGGUUAAAAAACACAGUGGAUGGAAAUUACAUGCAAGAUUAUGACACACGAUUAUCUGAUCUCGGUCUGAAAGAUGGCAUGACCAUCGAAUAUGUUUAUCUUCCCGCUAAAACGGAAUGGGCUUUGAAAUGA